CGAAUAUGGCCACAGAGCUGCCACAGUAGCCUGUAGGCAAUCGCUUGUGGGCGCUUAAAGACAAAAGGCACUAUCAAUCACGUGUGCUACAGACAAACCUCAGCUCCCCCAUUGUGCGCCGAGUUUGAACAGAAUUAAAGACGAUGGGCGUUACGGAAGACUUUCAAACCUCCCCCUCACACUACCAGUUCCCUGCAUUGUCAGCAUGCUCGAUACCCCUUAUCCCGUAUACCCCGUAUUCGCUUUCCUCGGGUUCAUCGUAGGGCUCAUCCCGCUACGAUGGCACUUACAAGCCUGGAACGCUGGAACUUGCGCGUACAUGCUAUGGGCUUCCCUCGCAUGUCUCGUUGAAUUCGUCGACGCUGUCGUCUGGCACGGGACAGCUGAGAACAUCGCACCUAUAUGGUGCGACAUAUCCACCAAAUUCCUCAUCGGCGCAGGUGUUGGAAUACCCGCUGCCUCACUGUGUAUCAACAGGCGACUGUACAAGAUCACAUCAGUUCAAAGUACUACGACCACAUACGAAGAGAAACGCCGGCAAAUGUACUCGGAUCUUGCAAUCUCUCUGGGUAUCCCAGUACUAGUUAUGGUUCUCCACUACGUUGUGCAAGGGCACAGAUUCAACGUUCUGGAGAAUGUUGGCUGCUUACCUGACAUAUUCAAUACGCCUCUAGCUUACCCGCUGGUCUUCAUAUGGCCAGUACUCCUGGGCUGCAUAUCCUUCGUUUACGCCUCACUCACACUUCGCGGCUUCUGGAUACGCCGCAUGCAAUUCAGCGAGCUGCUCUCCAACAACAAGGCCAUGACCAGCAGCCGCUACUUCCGACUGAUGCUUUUGUCUUGCGCUGAGAUGUGCUGCACGAUCCCACUCGGCGCAUACAGCAUCUACAUCAACACCGACGGUGUCGAGCUCUCGCCCUGGGUCUCGUGGUCCAAUGCGCACUUCGGAUUCUCUCGGGUUGUGAUGGUACCCGCCGUCGACUGGACCAGUGACAAGCCGUAUCUGAUCUCCGUUGAGAUGGGUCGCUGGAUAUACCCCUUCUCUGCGUUCCUGUUCUUCGCCCUGUUCGGUUUUGCGGAAGAGGCAAGACGAAACUAUAGGGAUGCGCUCCGUGCGGUCGCGAUGCGCUUUGGUGUCCUCCCUUCGACAAAGACAUCUGCCCUCAGGUCAUUCCGCAUCGGGUCGAGGAAACAGGAUACACUUGACUCUUCGUCACCCACCGAGACCCUUCCUCCAUACAGUCCAAGGGGAAAACGUCCUCAACGGCCGAAGUCCUUCUCGUCGUCCUUCCUGGACAGCGUCAUCGAAAUCGACAUCGACUAUGACAUCGAGAAGGCCGCUGAGUCUCUCACCUCAACCACCGUCUACGGCACCGACAAGCCCGCCGACUCUCCCGCCGCUACAUCCGCCACCAUGACCUUCCCCGAAUCCGCGAUGACCGCCACACCAAAGGCGCCGUCUGGGAGGUUCAAGUUCGCCGCCGCGCCUCCCCUAUCACCCGAGACGCCCUCCUAUCCCCUGACCGUGUCCACUGCCGUCCCGCGGUACCACAAACCGUUCGCAUCGAUCGGCGACCCGGCCUCGCCUUCGACGAUAGCGGCGAAGAGCGCCGCGAUACAAGUCACGAUGCACCGGGAGGUGACCGAGGUCGCCGAGUCCUCUUGA